UCCUCUUCCUCUUUGCUUUAUCCCCAAGUUCCGAUUUUGGAUUGGUUUAGAAGCUUCCAUAAACGUGAUUGUUUUUCAAAAAUAUUCGUAUUUUCCCAGUUUCUUCUCGUCAUCCAAUUCCAACCCUGUUGACAGAUUUCUCAUUGGAUUCUUCUUGAAGGUUUUUUCCCCUGGGUUUAAAGGGUUUACGUUGCAGUUUUCUUCAAGAAAAAAAAGAGAAACAGAAGCUUUCAGAUGAAUGAAAUGGAAGGAUCGCAGGGAAGUGGUAAUGGGCCGCCGCCUUUUCUGAUAAAGACGUACGAGAUGGUGGAUGAUCCGGCCACCAACUCUUCGGUGUCUUGGAGUGAAACUGGUUACAGUUUCAUUGUCAGGAACCCGCCGGAUUUUGCAAGAGAUUUGCUCCCCACAUAUUUCAAGCACAAUAAUUUCUCCAGUUUUGUCCGACAGCUCAACACUUAUGGAUUCAGAAAGAUUGAUCCAGAUCAAUGGGAGUUUGCAAACGAGGAAUUCAUAAGAGGGAUGAAACAUCUUCUGAAGAACAUUUAUCGACGAAAGCCGGUUCAUAGCCAUUCCUCGAAUCGCCAAGGGAACACUAGUGUGCCAUUGACGCAGAAGGAGAAGAAGGAAUUUGAAGAAGCGAUCAAGAGGUUGAAUGACGAUAAGAGCCGACUUCAGUUGGAGUUGCAGGGUCAUCAGAAAGAGAAUCAUGAGUUUCGGGUUCAAGUACGGCUAUUAUCGGAUCGGUUUAAGAACAUGGAAGACCGACAACGACAGGUGAUGGCCUCAUUGUCUCAUGUUAUUGACAAACCCAAUUUUGCGUCCCAAUUUCAUAGCAAAAAGAGGAAGUUGUUGAACGUGCAUGACUUGAAUGUAGAAGAACAUCAUCACAGUUUAGCUUCUCAGAAGGCAGACAUGGAUUUGGACUUGAAACAGAUCGAAGAGCUGGAGUUAUCUAUAAGCUUUUGGGAAACAUUGUUUGGAAUCGGAACAUCGUCGUCACGACCUUCUCCGAUCGUUAUUACGGAAAUACCGACCUCUUCAGAAGACUACAACAUGGAUGGUGAACUUUGCUCACCUUCAUCACACCCUUGCUCCCCUUAUUCAACAGACAUUAACUCAUCCCCUGAGCUGGCUGCCUCUGCUUAUUAUCCUCUUCCACCAUCUUCGGCUUUUGGUCAAAAGCCAGGGCAUGCUAGUCCACCAGAGACCGAUGGUGCCUUCAAAAACAAGGUAGAAGCAGUGGCGGCGGAUUACACGGUGCCAAGUGCCGUAAACGAUGUUUUCUGGGAACGGUUUCUGACCGAAGUCCCGGAUACAUCAUCAUUUGCACAAGAGGUUCAGUUGGUUUAGAUUAGAUCAUAGAGUAUAUGGCAUAUGGAGCAGCUUUGGAAGACUGUCAUGUAUUCAUUAUAAAAUAUGGUUAGGUUGGAGGACUAUAUUUUUUUGGUGCAAGUUGUUUUUGU